AUGGGCUGUGCGCCUAACGCUUCACAUUCUCCAGUCUUCUUGCUCCUUGUCUCAAGAACUAGACUCCCCCACAGUCUCCUCUUUUUCUUCUUCCUGGCUAUUUACCUGAACACCAUACUGGGGAAUGUGACUUUGGUGCUGCGUAUCUCCUGGGACUCCAGGCUCCAGUCUCCUAUGUACUAUCUGCUCUGUUUCCUCUCCAUGAUAGACAUGGGGCUGUCCACAGUCACCCUGCCCCAGUUGCUGGUCCAUCUAGUCUCUGAUUACCAAGCCAUUCCUGCUGCCCGCUGCUUAUCCCAGUUCUUUUUUUUCUAUGCAUUUGGAGUGACAGACACACUUGUCAUUUCUAUCAUGGCUCUGGAUCACUAUGUGGCCAUCUGUGACCCUCUGCACUACCAUUCAGUGAUGAAUCGCCAACUCUGUGCCCGCUUACUGGCCUUAUGCGGGAUGGUGUCCACAGUGCACACCAUGCUGCAUGUGGGACUCCUUCUGCCCCUUCUCUGGACAGGGAACACUGGGGGCAAUGUUCACCUUCACCACUUCUUCUGUGACCACCGACCACUUCUGCGAACAUCUUGCUCUGACAUACAUUCCAAUAUGCUAGCCAUAUUCUUGGAAGGUGGCUUCCUCAUGCUGGGCCCCUGUGGCCUAAUUGUGCUCUCUUAUGUCCGCAUUGGGGCCACCAUCCUAUGUUUGCCUUCAGCUGCUGGUCGCCGAUGUGCAGUCUCCACCUGCAGCUCCCACCUUACCAUGGUUGGCUUCCUGUAUGGCACCAUCAUUUGGGUCUACUUCCAGCCUCCUUCCCAGAAUUCUCAGGACCAGAACAUGGUGGCUUCCAUGAUGUAUCGUGCUGUUACGCCCUUGGCCAACCCAUUUGUGUAUAGCCUCCGCAAUAAGGAUGUCAACAGUGCCCUCCGCAGGCUGCUUGUAAGGGGGAGAGUGGAUUUGUGA